AUGGCAGUCUUAUUUCUCCUUCUUCUGUUCCUCUGUGGGCUCCCUCAGGCUGCUACAGACAACAUCCAGGUCAUCUAUGUAGCCUUGGGGGAAGCGAUGGAGCUGCCGUGUCCCUCACCACCCACCCUAAGUGGAGAUGAACUCCUAUCAUGGUUCCACAGCCCUGGAGCAGGCUCCUCCACCAUCCUGGUGGCCCAGGUCCAAAUGACCAGGUCAAUCCCAAACCUUAGGAAACCUGGAAAGGAAUCCAGGCUCAAACUCCUUGGAAACUAUUCCUUGUGGUUGGAGGGGUCCAAGGAUGGAGAUGCUGGGCGGUACUGGUGCACCGUGCUGGGUGAGCACCACAGGUAUCAGAACUGGAGAGUGUAUGAUGUCUCUGUUCUCAAAGGAUCCCAGUUCUCUGCAAAGGCUACAGAUGGAUCCCCCUGCUCUGUCCUAUUGUGCUCUGUGGUCCCUGUCAGACGUCUGGACUCUGUGACUUGGCUGGAGGGGAAGGGUCCUGUGAGAGGACGUGUUCAUUCCUUCUGGGGUGAUGGGGCUGCCCUGCUCUUGGUGUGUCCUGGGGAAGGGUUUCCUGAGCCCAAGGGCCAUAGACCAAGAAUCAUCCGCUGCCUCGUGUCUCAGAAUAAAGGAGUCAGCUUUAGCCUGGCAGCCUCCAUGGAUGCUUCUCCUAACCUCAGUGUACCUUCCAUGGCCUGGGAUGUGACUUGGAUCCUGAUGCUGUCACUCACAGUGGGCCAAGCAUUCACCAUCCUAGCUCUCAGCAUCAUGCUCUGGAGGCGGAGAGUCCGGGAGGUUCAGGGCAGAGGAAACCGCAUGCGGUGCUACAACUGUGGUGGAGGCCCCAGCAACUCCUGCAAAGGGACCGUGACUAUCUGUGGUGAGGGUGAACGUUGUGGCUUCUUGGAGCGUAAACCCCAACCAGGCCUGGGACAGAGCAAAUUGUCUGAGAACCCUUCAGUGACCCUGAGUCAUCACCAUCCUGCCUGUGUGGCCACCCAUCAUUGCAACCAAGUGGAAACAGAAUUGGUGGGAGACGUGACUUACACAACUCACAGGAACUGCUGCUUUGGAGACCUAUGCAACAGCGCUGUGGCAAGCACCGUGGCCCCAGCAUGCAUCUUGGUUGCAGCAGCCACCACCCUUGUCUGGCUUUUGCCAGGACUAUGGAGCGGGUAG